AUGCCUGUUCGAAAGCAACUGGCCAUUUCUUUAUGCCGGUUGGGUUCAUCCGGAAAUGCUGCUUUUGUGGGAUGUGUUGCUCGAAAGUUCGGCGUAUCAGAAGGAACGGUGGAUUUAAGCACAAGGCGAGUAAUACUGGCUUUAAUUUCUAUCGAAAAAGACGUAGUGCGGUGGCCAACAUCAGCCGAAAAAAAGGAAAUUAAACACCGGAUUAAGUCCAGUCACCAUUUCCCAAGCUGCAUUGGAUUUGUGGACGGAACUGACAUCGUCCUGGCUGUCAAGCCGGCACUGAAUGGAGAAGAUUAUUUCAGCAGAAAGAAGAGCUACUCCCUUUCCGCAAUGGUAGUAUGCGAUGACAACAAACGGAUUACGUAUACGUGUUGUGGUUUUACGGGUGCAACUCAUGACAGUCGCGUUUACAAGAAUACCGAGCUUUGGCGUAAUUCGGGAAAGUACUUCAAAAAGGAUGAAUAUAUACUUGCCGACAGCGCUUAUGCUGUAAGCACCACAGUUUUGCCCCCAUACCGGAAAGGCGAAAAAGAAAGAAGUAUUGCCAACCGGCGAUUUAAUAAGCAGCAUUCCCGUCUGAGAGUUAAAGUCGAACAUUGCAUCGGUAUGUUAAAAAACCGGUUUCAGUGCUUAAAAGGUCUACGAGUAUUAAUUGCAUGCAAAGCUGAUCACGCUCGGGCAGUUAUGUGGUUCCGUGCAUGUACUGUAUUACAUAACAUUUGCAUCGAUACAAGAGAUCCUUAUGAUCCAACAUGGGGUGAGCUACCUAAACGGGCAUCUGAUGAACCCGGCAACGAAGCGGAUGAAAUCGUUCCUCUAGCGGAAGAAGGAUCACAAAAAAGAGAACGAAUUAAAAAUGCUGUACUAACAAGCAUGGCUGAGUAA